AGAGGAGUCGAAAAUCGGUCACAUGAUCAAAAUAUUCUGAGCUGAGUUAAAUUUUUCUCUUUACAAAUCAAACUUAGAUUCCCACCAUUGCCAGAUAGCUGUAUAACUUAGUUCAAUUAUCCAUCUAGAUCAUUCAUUUAUUGGUGGAUUCAAUUGAAAUAGUUAUUCUUCAUCCAAACACACGUCAAUCACAUAUAAAACACCCGCGAUUCCAAUCAUGAUAAGAAGUAUACUGCAUCAACAUCACCACCAAUUAUUCAAAUCACUUACACAAUCAACCACAGUAUCAUUCCGUACAUUGGCUACUUCAGCAGAUACAACUAAAGUAAAACCAAGGAGGAAAAGUACGAAAUUCACCGAUGCAUUGAAUAAAGGUCCUUCAUUUGAUGAUUUCGUCAGUGGAGAUGCAGCUGAGAAAUUAAAACUUAUUGAUCCUUUGGAAUUAGCUAGAAAAGAUCCUGAUCAAAGAUUACCAAGUUGGUUGAAAGUGCCUAUUCCUAAGGGGAAAAGUUUUAAUAAUGUCAAGAAAGAUGUCAGAGAAUUGAAAUUAUCCACUGUUUGUGAAGAAGCUAAAUGUCCUAAUAUUGGUGAAUGUUGGGGUGGGAAAAAAUCAGAAGCAACCGCUACUAUCAUGCUUUUAGGUGAUACUUGUACUAGAGGAUGUAGAUUCUGUUCUGUUAAAACAGAUAGAAACCCAGCUAAGCCUGAUCCAAUGGAACCAGAAAACACUGCUGAAGCUAUUAGUAGAUGGGGAUUAGGUUAUGUGGUGUUGACUACUGUUGAUAGAGAUGAUUUAAUCGAUGGUGGUGCUAAUCAUUUAGCUGAAACUGUGAUGAAAAUAAAACAAAAAGCACCUCAAAUCUUAGUUGAAGUAUUAAGUGGUGAUUUCAGAGGGGAUUUAGAUAUGGCUUCUUUAUUAGCUAAAUCUGGAUUAGAUGUUUAUGCUCAUAAUCUUGAAACCGUGGAAGAUUUAACUCCAUAUGUCAGAGAUAGAAGAGCAACUUAUCGUCAAUCAUUAUCAGUAUUGGAAGCUGCCAAAAAGACAAAACCAACCCUUAUAACCAAAACUUCCUUAAUGCUUGGACUUGGAGAAACUGAUACUCAAAUCUUACAAACUUUAACUGAUUUAAGAGAAAUCGGUACAGAUGUAGUAACAUUCGGUCAAUAUAUGAGACCAACAAAGAGACAUAUGAAAGUAGUGGAAUACAUCACUCCUGAUAAAUUCGAUUAUUGGAGAGAUAAAGCUCUAGAAAUGGGAUUCCUUUAUGUGGCAAGUGGUCCAUUAGUAAGAAGUUCAUAUAAAGCCGGUGAAGCAUUCAUUGAAAAUGUGAUUAGAAAGAGAAGACAUAAUGUAGGUGAAGCUCCAAGAUUGAAUCAAUCAAUUAAUCCAAGCAUAUAUAAACAAAAUGAAUAGACUCUGGAUAAAAGUUCUUUUGCAUUUUAUUUAGAUUGUACAUAAAUACUAAUAAUAAUAAUAAUAAUAAACGGAAAUUUUUAAUAUGAUUGAUAAUACAGAUUG